CCAAAGAGCAUGUUCUAUGCUUAAACGGUGUUGGUGUACACCGUGCAGACCCAGAAUGCCACUGCUAUGUGGGGCAGUUCCGGUAGUUGAAUCGGUUUGGGCCGCCCGCCCCACCUAGACUCACCACCACCCGCCCAGCUUAAUCGUGAUCCAUGCUUGAUUUGCGCGCGAAAGUGCCGGUCUGAAAUGGAACAGAAAGACAUUGAAUGGGAGCUGGAAGAAGGGAUUCCUCAGCUCGAGGACCCUUUUAUCCAGCAAUAUCUGAAGGGUCGAGACUCGUUGAUCUCGGAGGAACAGAAACAGCGUCACGAUGCCAAUUUCCGUAAGGCCCUGACGCCCAUGGCUGCCCGGGCUUGCGAAGUUGUGGCCCGGAUCCGCGAUCAAGAGUAUAGGCAGAUGUUGGCAAAGCACAGGGAUGGAUUAGACGAUUUGUCCAAUCCAGCGGAAACCUCUCGGCUCUGGAAGGUUGUGCAGAGAUUACCCAAAGGCUCUCUAUUGCAUAUAUAUUUGCAUGCAGCGGUUGAUAUCGAGUUUAUCAUCAACGAGGCACUGGCCACGCCGGGACUCCACAUUUGUGCCUCCCGGCCAUUCGCUCAGGAGGAAGACUACAAAAACGUCCCUUUCCACUUCCGCUACGCGACUAAACGUGCUAGUGGGUCAGGGGCUCGACCAAAUAUAUGGACGCGAGCAUACAAUCCCGGCGAUCUGGUCCCUGUCUCAGAAGCGGCAACUUUGUUUCCUGAUGGCGGAGAAACCGGGUUUCGUCGUUGGAUUCAACAGCGGUGCAUCAGCACGCAACAUGAAUCGGGUCAGUCAACAGUAACUGACAAAAUUACGACGCUUUCAGAAGAGUCCCUUCCCAUUCUCAGCUCCCUUCUCAGCUACGAGCCGAUUCUGCGCUCGUGUCUGCGUCGCAUUUUCAAGCAGCUUGCAGCCGAUAACAUCCGAUACGCGGAAUUUCGAAACGUGUUUAGCGCACCGUUCACACUCGAAGGAGGGAACACCCCCGAAGACGGAUACACAGCAUGGUGCCGAGUUUUCCAAGAAGAAGUCGAGCAGUUCAAAGGCACAGACGAAGGACAGAGCUUUCACGGUGCGCGGGUCAUAUGGGCAACGCUACGAUCCCUGCCCACGAAGCAACUCGUACAAAACAUGCAAGAGUGUGUUUUGGCAAAGCUGGACGUGCCGGGCGUCAUCUGUGGGUACGAUAUCGCCGGACCUGAGGACGGAGGCAAGGCCCUUGUGGAGCUCGUUCCACUGCUGUUUUAUUUCCGCAAGCUAUGUGCCGAAGAGGGUGUUGUCAUCCCGUUCCUGUUUCAUGCUGGGGGAUGCUUUGGAGAUGACGACACCGUGGACCGCAACCUAUUCGAUGCUAUAUUGCUGGGCACGCGCAGGAUAGGCCAGGGGUCCUCGCUUCAUCGACACCCACUGCUCGUCGACCUCGUCAAGGAGAAGAAGAUUCUUAUCGAAAGCUGUCUACACUCCCACGGGACACUCGAUGUUGAAGACGCGAUCCAGUCUCGUUCACUCCUAACCCUCUUAUCGCGCGGCGUCCCCGUGGCAUUGUGCAGCGAUACUCCGGGUGCAUACGGGCAAAACGCCAAUACGUUGACACCGGAGUACUGGACCGCCCUCCAGGGGCUCGAGGGUCUCGGAUUGACGGGGAUUGCGAUGAUGAUGGAAAACUCUAUCCGGUGGAGCUGCUACGAAGACCAAACACCCUCGGAGUGGCUCUCUGGAAUUCGCGAAGGGGUUACUGGGAACGGAGUAAAGGCGUCUCGAUUACGCGAGUGGUACGAAGAGUUUGAAAAGUUCUGCGAAUGGAUCUUGGAGGAGUUUCCAGAGCUCGAUCUUGACGACUGAUUCUCUAUCAAUCAAUUGCUGUCCUGUUGUUGAACAUCCCUGUUGGGCCCAUCCAUGCAUGCGUAGUGUUUACGGGGAUAUGCUGAGUAAUAAUGCAUACAACUGCAUGAGGCUUUCCUGUCUAGUAACUAUCAAGUGAUACCUACCGAUCGGAAUUCGAUAGUAGUGAUAUUAGCAAGCGAGAGAUAC